AUGUCAGCCGGUGAGGCGAAAUUCAGUUUAUUGGAAGAUGAAGAAGAGGAAAAUCGCGAUGAAGUUCCGCAAACAUCAACAUCCACUCUAAUCCCACAAAAAUCAUCACUUCGUUCAAUUUCGCUCUCCCAUGGUGCUGCAAGCAUCCCAAAAGACAUUGAAAAUCAAACAAGUUGCGCUGAAUUACAUAGACUUGCAGCUGGCAGCACAACAUCUUUAAGUUCUCAAAUGAAGGGAAAAGGUUCGGCGAAGAAGCUCAAUAAAUUCUACAAAAAACAGAACGAGUUGCUGGAGAAUUUCAAAAAUGAUAGUGAACAGAUUGAGGUCAGAAUUUUAAUCAGAAAAGUCAGAAUGAAAUGGGCGGGAUGUUUUGAUAAGUCAGAAGAGUCAGAAGAAAACACACAAUUUUUUCCAGCAAUUUAAUCGAACUCGCCGGCGGACAACUAGCAAAGAAGAUGAAAUUGAGAUUGAUGAGAAGGCUGCAGAAAAUUCGGUAGCUGCACCUGCGACAGCUCCUUUGGUUAAACAAAAUGAUGGAAAUGAUGAGCCGGAAGUUAUGAUAUUUGAUGUUCCGAGAAGCCCAACUAAUGGAAAACGGGUGAGUUUAGAGAUUUCGGAAAUGGGAACAUGUGAAGACCACGUGCAAAAAAAUUCUGUAUUUAGAAAUGUAUUAUUUUUCGGUUUUUAGAAAAAUGACAUUUCGAAAUUAAAAUCCCGUCAUUCAUAAAGUAAAAAAAAAAAUGUUUUUCUAAGUUUCGAAAAAAGGUAAUUUUAAAAUCUAUUCAUAAAUUAAAAAAAAGUAUAUUUCCAGCGUGCAUCCCCCGAAAAAGUCACGGAACCCUCAAAAACCAAACAACCCGAAGAAGAGAGCGAAUCAUCAGAAGCGGCGAGAAUGGCAAAAAUCACACUUCUAAUAAAUUUCUGUUUGAUGAUCGCCAAAGUUGUGGCUUCAGUUCUAUCCGGAUCAAUGUCUAUUAUUUCAUCAAUGGUUGAUUCAGUGGUUGAUAUCACUUCCGGACUCGUUAUUUCGAUUUCAGAAAGAAUGAUUAAGAAAAGAGAUCCAUAUUUGUAUCCAAGAGGAAGAACUCGGCUAGAACCUCUGGCAUUGGUUGGUUUUUGGAAUUAAAAAAAAGUUUCUGGAAAGUCAUAAAUAAGUUUUUUAUAGAUAAUUAUAAGUAUGAUUAUGGGUAUGGCAUCUGUUCAAUUAAUCGUGUCAUCUGUUCGUGGAAUACACGAUGCUUUGCAAUACGAUCUCUAUGGAAUUGGUGAACCUGGAAUUGUUAAUGUUACCUUGACAUCUGUUGCCAUAAUGGUUUCGACAGUUUUCAUCAAACUUUUCUUAUAUGUUGUUUGUAAACAAUACACAGAUGCAUCAGUGAAUGUGCUUGCAAUGGAUCAUCGAAAUGAUUGUAUCUCAAAUACCGUGGCAUUGAUUUGUGCCUACUUGGGAACUCAAUACUCAUAUUAUUUCGAUCCGGCUGGCGCUAUCAUUGUUUCGGUUUAUAUAUUGUUUACAUGGGUGCAAACUGGUCGGGAACACUUGGCUAAAUUGUCUGGAAAAUCUGCCGAGCCGGAGUUUAUCAAUCGGAUUAUCAAAGUUUGUUUGGAUCAUGAUUCGAGAAUUUCGCAUAUUGAUACUGUUUAUGUUUAUCAUUUUGGAUCCCGAUUUUUGGUUGAGGUGAGGAUUUUUUUGUGACGUGGGAAAGGGGCAAAAAUAUAGUUUUUGGAAAUUAUUGGAAAAAGUGAUGAGAGAGAUAAAAACUAAUAAUUGUUUUUGUCCGAUAUCCACGUGGAUUUCUAAAGCCAAAAAUAAUUUAAUUCUGAAACAAACAUGCUUUUGCGCUGGAUUAAUCCAGCCUAACUUUUUCAAAUUAUUUUUUCUUUUAUUUUUCUUUUUUAUUACUUUAUCUAUCUCUAUCUCUACCUUUACCUUUAUCUUUAUAAUUAGUUUUUUCACAUCAAAAAUUUCUGAAAAUUUUCCCACAAUUUUCUAAACAUCACUAUUGUAGGUUCACAUUGUUUUGGACGAGAAUAUGAUUCUUCGCGACUCUCACGACAUCAGUGAAACACUUCAAUCAAACAUCGAAAGUCUUCCAGAAGUUGAGCGCGCUUUUGUUCACACUGACUAUGAUUAUGAUCAUAAUCCACAAGAUGAACACAAAAUUGUCUAA